AUGGUUGGAGAUACUGAAUCCAUGGCGAUUGCUUCCAUGUGGGCUUCCAUGUCCUCUUGGUGUUCACCCACACCCACGAUGCUGUUUUGUAUUAUGAAUCUCAUUAUUGCCACCAUUUUCAUAGCUUCAAAGACCAACAACACAAAACACCAUGACCAUGUUCAAUGGAAUUCAUUCGGUCCAAUCGGAAGAGUGUCUUCGUUCCUGGAGCGAUCAGCCAGAUCUGUGAAUUUAUCCUCCUACACCACCACCAUUACCACCACCGUCGCAGAAUCACAACACCAGUGUCCGUCUCCCAGCAAAACGGCAAAAUACAGUUCGUCGAGUCGACUAGCUCAGUCCAUUCAUUUCCCUUCUGGUGACGAAACCCGGUCACCCCUUCGGUCCAGCAUAUCAUCACCACCGGAGUUUUCCAACGCCGGCGAUGAGAUGUCUCAAUCAGAGUCGGAACGACAACCGCGGAGUCAAAAUGUCCGUGCUCCGUCUCUAUUGGAACGAGUUAAGUCCGUUAACUUCUCCUCCGUUUACAGCGAUAACACGGUUCAAACCGAGUCUAAACAGAUCUGCAACUCACCUGCUCAACUCGCCCGACCCCCAUCAUUCUUCGAUCGAAUCAAGUCGUUCAAAAUCUCCUCCGCUUUCAAACUCGGAGCUCCUUCUACUCAGCCGGAAAAUCUCGAAACGGAACCAGCCCAUAACCCGGACCAUCAUGUGAUCAAGAACAAGUCUGAGAAGACUUCGGCGAAGAAGCCGCCUGUCGAGAUGAAGAAAUCACGUAGCGAGAUAAUGAUCUCAUCGGACGACGACGAGGACGUUGACGUACGGCGACCGGAGACAGCGAGAGUGAUGAGGAAUGCUGAUGACAAAGAAUUCGAUUUAAAAGCCGAUGAUUUCAUCAGCAGGUUUAAGCAACAGCUUAAAUUACAACGAGUUGAGUCGCUUGUGAGGUUCAGAGAUAUGCUGAACAGAGGAACUUAA